AAUAAGAAGUCCAUUUGUUGGGAGGCAGAGUUUAUAUAAAAGCAAAGAGAGUGAAAGCAGAGUAAAAUGGGCAAAGGGAGCACCUCCUCUUUUAUUCUCCUUCUCCUCACUCUCCCCUCUCUUCACUCCAUCGACAUCGGCAUUGGCGGCGGCAGCGGCGAUGGUACCAUAGGCAUCGGCAUUGGCGGCGGCGGCGGCGGAGCCGGUGGCGGAGGUUCAGGCCUCCCACCACCACAAACACCAGCACCCGCAGAACCACAACCAUGCGACUUCCCAAACGAAAAACAAUUCGAAGCCUACAAAGUAAUCCAACGGUUCAAAAAAACCAUAACUUGCGACCCCAACGGCAUCACCAAAUCCUGGUCCGGCAACCGCCCCUGCACCUACCACGGCUUCUACUGCGACACUCCCCCCGGCCUCACCAAGACCCCCACCAUCGCCUCCGUCGACUUCAACGGCCUCCGACUCGCCGCCCCCUCCCUCGCCGGCUUCCUCGACGAGCUUCCCGACCUCGCUCUCUUCCACGCCAACUCCAACGCCUUCUCCGGCACCGUUCCCGAUCUCUCAAGCCUUCCUUUUCUCUAUGAGCUCGACGUCAGUAACAACCAGUUGAGCGGUGGUUUUCCCGCGAGCGUUCUUCGGAUCCGUAACCUUACCUUCCUGGACAUCCGGUUCAAUAGGUUUGCCGGUUCGGUUCCCGGUUUUAUAUUUACGCUCCGGCUCAAUUAUCUUUUUAUUAAUAAUAAUCGGUUUGAUCAGCCGAUUGCUGCUGAUUUUGGAAAAUCUAAGGUUCGUUAUCUUACAUUGGCUAACAAUGGAUUUACGGGUCCUAUUCCAGCUUCCAUUUCCAAUGCCUCUGAUACACUUAUUGAGGUACUGUUCCUGAACAACAAGCUCUCCGGCUGCCUCCCCGCCGGCAUCGGCAAUCUGAAGAAAGCCACCGUGUUCGACGCCGGCUUCAACGAACUCACCGGCCCCAUACCCUUCUCCUUCGCCUGCCUCCUAAACGUCGAACAGCUCAACCUCGCCGUCAACAGACUCUACGGCGAAGUUCCCGACACCUUGUGCCGGCUAGCCUUCGCCGGAAAAUUACUCAACCUCUCCCUCUCCCACAACUACUUCACUAAGCUCGGACCCCUCUGCCGGACCUUGAUUAAGAAGGGCGUUCUCGACGUCCGCCGGAACUGUGUACCGGGGUUGAGUGAUCAACGCUCGCCGGCUGAGUGCGCUGACUUUCUGGCUCACUGCCCGGUCUGCCCGUUAACUGAUCAUAUGACGUGUAUGUCGCCGCCGUCGUUGACUCGAAAUGAUGACGUGGUGCUUCCGGCUCGCAGUUCUUAUUCGGCGCUUAUGCCGGGAAUAAAUUGAGCCCAUUAUUUGAAUAUUUAUUUGAUAGCAUUCAUGGUGAUGUGGUGGUGUGCGGUAAAAUUGUGUUUUUCUGUGUUUUUCAACCUUCUCGUUGCUGUUUGGAUUUGGAUCUCAAUAUAUUUUGCUUUCAUACCCCCCAAACUAUCUAUUUACAUAUGUAACACAAACAUAUUACAAAGAGUACACUUAGAGUGGCAUAUAUAUAAAAAUCAAAGUUUAGCUGUUAGAGAUGUAAUUAUAUAUAUGAGACAGGAUGUCCGGGCCUAGCUUUCUCCUGCUAAGAAGGCUGCUCCAAAUAGAACUAGAAAAUCUAACUAAUAUGGCCAUGAUAACAUAAAAUCUAAGAUGAUUCGACUCAUGAAAAUACAUCUAUAAUUGAUGCAAUUGCUAAUAUUUGCUCAUGAUGUGUCAUCAACAAACUUUUAUUACGCAGGAAUCUCCACGCAUUUUUUAUAAUCAACCUUCUAAAUUCAAAUUCAAAUUAAAGAGCAUCUGAGCCUGAUUUUAACAAGUUUAUAGUCAAACUCACUGCCUCAACAAAACAAACUCAAUAAUGUCAACAUUAGUUCAAUCUAUAUCCAAGCAAGCCCAAAUGAAGACGUUGAAGUGCA